ACUUAGCAUGUGACCGAGUAUUCUUCGCGUAGUAAAAUACAUAAGCAGCGGUUGCUAUCUGUGUUAUCUAAUAUCAAGUUUAAGUUUAGGUUUAGACAAUCAAACAUGUCGCUAGGACCUGCAUUGUUGAUCAGCUUUUUGCUACUGGGAAUUUCAAUUUUAUAUUGCGAGACAACAGACUUGGACGCAAGAUGUACACCUCCAAUUAAUAAUGCAGCAGAUGAAUGUACGGUAAAAGAUUCGGAGUGUAAUACUAAUACGUGUGCUUGCAAAACCGGGUUUAUUAAAGAAAAUGGAGCAUGCCCAAAAGCGUUAGGACAAGUUUGUGUUAACAAAGACGAAUGCGUCUCUAAUUCAAAGUGUGAGGGCACUGUUGGGUCUAAAACAUGCAGUUGUAUAGAUGGCUUCGGUGAUAAGGCUGGAUUAUGUUCUAAAAUUCUCGGAGGCGAUUGCAAAGCAGGUGGUACAUGUCCUGAUGAUUUAAAUGCAGAAUGUAAAGGUGAUAAGUGUGUUUGCAAAACAGACUAUGCUGCAAAGAAUGACGUUUGUACACAAACCGUCGAUGGAAUCGAUUGCUCAUCAGUUAAAACAGCAUGUGCCACUAUUCAAAAUGCAGCGUGUGACGCAACGUCUAAGAAAUGUAAAUGUAACCCGGAUUUCAUUAUGAAUGUUAACAAAUGUGACCCGAAAAAUUCUGCUGCCUUGAUGAAAUUUGGUGUUGUUCUGAUCGUACUGUCUCUUCUGACAGCUUUUAGUCUGUGGUGACAAUGGAAAAUAUAGUUGUUUUAACAGAAAACUCAAGAUUUAACAAUAUGGCUUUGUUCUACUUUUUUAUUUUUGCUGUUGUUGAUGUUGUGUGCAAGUGUAAAUAAAACUGAAAAAAAUGAUUUUAGCAUGCAAAUACAUAACAAUAUCUCUCUGUUACGUCCAUAUUUAUUAAGUAACUCCAUUGUUUCCUGAAAUGAAAAUUUAUGUUGUAUCAAUUAAAUUAAGCUAUCGUGAAUUAGAAGAACUUUAAUAUCAAUAGAGUUUUAGAAAUACUGUCCGUAAUCACUGAAAUACAGAUUGUGAAUAAAGGUAGAAUGUCGAAGGUUAUAUAUAAGUAAUUAAAUUGAAUAAAACAUGUUCAAAGGAAAUGUGUACAUAUAUCAUAAUAAAUUAUGUAUAUUUUCAACUUCUUUUGUUUGCCUUAUAACUAGUAAUAUUC